CUCGGAAGUGACGCGUGGUGCUCAAAAGAGUUGUGCAAAGCAUCUGGAUCAAAGCAACGGCAGCUACGUCUCAUCUGACGGUAGAGGACAUAGGAGGGACAGACGUCAGUGCGGACUGCCACUUUCACUUACCGUCGGUUAUUAUCAGCAGAACGAGGAUCUCAAUAAAGUGACCAGUAUGAAUCCAGUGUACAGCCCCGCACCAACAGGGGUCCCUUUCACUAACAGCAAGGGAUUAGGCUAUCCAGCUGGAUUCCCUGUCGGCUACGCGGCAGCAGCAGCUGCUCCAGCUUACACACAGAACAUCUACGCAGGAACGAACCCGGCCUUCACCAGUGGCUAUGCUCCGGGCACUCCAUUCAAAAUGUCCUGCUCUCCCAACACAGGAACUGUUCCACCCUACUCCUCCUCACCCAACCCGUACCAUGCUGCAGUCUACCCUGUAAGGAGCACCUACCCCCAACAGAACCCAUAUGCACAGGCAUUAAUACCAUCACAACAGCAGGGCACUUACUACACACAGCCGCUGUAUGCUGCGCCGCCUCAUGUUAUACACCACACAACGGUGGUCCAGCCAAAUGGGAUGCCAGCAGCCAUGUAUGCGCCCACUAUCCCUCCGCCGCGCCCCAACGGUGUCGCCAUGGGGAUGGUAGCUGGUACCACCAUGGCCAUGUCUGCUGGAACCUUGUUGACAACUCCAUCACCAGCGCCAGUUGCCCCCCACCAAGUCACAAUGCCCACCUACAGGCCUCCUGGGACACCCAGCUACAGCUAUGUGCCACCUCAGUGGUAAAAGUAGGGAAAUGUCAGAAGAAGGUAGAUAUGCAUUCACACUCACCAGUGUUUUCUGCUCUUGGUGAAGACCUGUUUUACCAGAGUCUGCAACCAAUUACUCCUCUUCCAGCAUAAUGUGAAUCUUAUACCUUACUACAUAGAUAGAGGUCCAUCCAUACAUGGAGGUGGUGGUGAAUUGCCUCAGUUGCCAUUAACACCCCCCACCCCUCCACCUCUCCCUCUUAAUAAAAAAACGGCUGCAUCCCACGCCACUCCCCAGUGCCAGCACCUCUGCAACCUGCUGCAUAUCCCACAUCCAACAGCAGGGCGUCCAUGCAAUUUUUUUUGUUCCCGUCGACUGUCGUGCAGGUUUUUAUAGCUUAAACUGUAAGUGGUGAAAAGGGGACUUUGGAAUAGUUUCAUUAGCUAGGGGACAUAUAAAGGACACACACAUGAACACAGUGUUGAAUGCAUGUGUAAAUAUAAUUAUAUGAAGUAAUGCUAGCUCAAUCUACCUGCUGUGACAGAUGCAAAAUCAACAAAAGGCACACAUCCAAAGGAUCUAAAAAAAAAAAAAAAAAAAAAAACGAAGAAGAAUAAAAGUAAUAAUCUUUAGUGCUGACUCACCAGUGUUUUAUGUGAAAGAAGAAAAGACGAGAAAUGUUAUUCCAUGCAAAAACGAUCCUGCAUAACCGGUGCAGGCUAAACUGUGCUAUUUUCACGGCUUUGUGUUUUUUCGGCAAGUGACGUUAGUUUUUAAUAUUCCUUUAGUGAUGCACCGUCUGCAGAAUGUCUUACCAUUUUUGUAUUUUAGAUAAGACUUUGAGUUUGUGCCUUUGACUGAUGGCCAUUCUGACUAUAAAUUCCUUUUUUUUUAUUUCAAAUGAUUCAUUGCUAUAACGAAAAAAAAAACAGUUUCAUAGCUUGCAGAGUUUAAAGGAAUUUUCUUGCGUAUAAAAAACCCCACCUUUGGGUGAAUUCAUUGUUUUAAGUAAUUGUUUAUUCUAUACACAAGUAUUUAGGACUGUAUCGCAUUACAUGCAGUAGGAUGUUUUUGGAAAAUAAUUUGCACCUUUUGAAAACCAUAAGUUCACGGGAGCAUUUUGUGUCUGAGCGUGUGUGCGGCUGUAAACGUGUGUAUGUGCGCGUGCAUUGCGUGAAAGAGGAGUUUAAACGUAAUAAAUUUGUGCCAUAUAGCGCGACGUAAAUUUUGAGACUACAUGUCAAAUGAGUCAGUUAGUCCUUAGCUGUGACAACAGGGAAUCACUAACUGUAAUUAGAGGUUCAUCAUAUGACUAAAGUAUAUUUAUGUAUAGCACUACUGAGUAAAAGGCACUAAUUGAAAUUUGACCUUUUGGACGUUGCAUAUACUGGACAACACGUCAACAUUACUGUUUCAGACAUGUUCUUCUAUGUUGCCUCAGUCACCUCUGUUUAAUUAUCUGUUUGUAAAUGUUAUUUUUGUGAUUUUGGUUCUUGUUUUGUAUUCUUAAGACCAAAAAUAAAAACAAAAUGGAGGAUA